GCGAAACGUGAUAGCAGCUUGCUGCUAUGUGAUAGCAGCAAGCUGCUAUGUGAUAGCAGCUACUAUGUGAUAGCAGCUUGCUGCUAUCACCGGUGAAACAGGGCCAUGAUAGUGUCAUUGCCAAUUCUUCAUCUUUGCUGGUUCAAAAGUUAUUUGUGAAAAAGUUUUAUCCCAAAACAGCUAUUUUCACAAUAAAUGACCUCUGGAGGCUUAACUAUAGACCUGAGGUCAAUUUUGAUGAAGAGUUCAAAAGUAUCGAUGGCUUUACCAUGCGUUUUUCCAGCUAUCAUAGUUCCUGAGAUAGGUGCCUGUUUUCUGAAAAAUAUAAUGACAUUUGGCAAAUUAUUGACCAAAUUAUUUAUAUUGACCAAAGGAAUCGAUUGUGACCCUUAUUGUGGCGAUAGUAGUGUCUCAGCCACUGCCAUCCAUGCGGGCUGUGUCAACAACACCGGUAGGACCAAAGUGGUCUCGGGAGGGCUCUGCUGACGGCGACAAGGAAUGGGGUCCGUCAGAGUGUGUGAGGCGGUCCCAGAAGCGGAGCGACUUCACUCCCAUAGACAGCGGCUCCGACGGCGUCCUUGAGCAGGUUGUCAAGGAGGAGAUAAAGAUUGAAGUCUCUUCACCAAGGGUUGAGCGGCCGUCGUCUCCCCCGGUGUCGGAUGAGGAUCCUUUGUCGGACCGCGCUCUGCAGUCUCUGGUGAAGGAGGAAAAGUUACGGUGUCGGUCGCCUUCACCGUCUGAAGACUUUAUGGGUUUCACUGAGGUGGACCGGGACAGUUCCUGCUUCAACUCGAAUGUUAAAAGGAACCUGCUACUGGGAUGUUCGCCGGACAGUCAAGACUCUACACAAGUCUUUCCUGAAGGCGUGCUCAUCAAAGGUCAACGUCUUGUAAUAAACUACCGGGACGUGGAUGGUCUCGAUGAUGGUAACAUAUUUUGUGACUUGUGUUGCCGCGAUAGGGACGGGGAAUGUCCUGUCCAUGGACCGCUGAAUGUCAUACCCGACGCCAAGGCACGACCCGGUAUCGGAGAUGCCGAAAGGGACCUCAAGACUCUGCCGUCGUCUCUCAGCUCUGGUCAGUCGAGAAAUCCAGCAUCUGGCAACGGAGUUUUUGCGGAGAAUGAUCUUCCUGCGCGCCAAAGACUUGGUCCUUACGAGGGCAUCUUGACCACCGAGCAGGGUCAGGCCCGAACCACCGGGUACAGAUGGCAGAUCAAGAAAGGUCACCUUGUGCAUCACUCGGUGAAUGCCGAAGACCCGAGCUGCAGCAACUGGCUCAGAAGGGUCAACUGUGCCCGCUCGGAGGAAGAACAAAACCUAGUGGCCUUCCAGUACCGGGGUCAGAUAUAUUUCAGGACGUCAAAGCCCAUCCCGAGGGGCUCAGAGCUGCUGGUGUACUACGGAGACGACUCGGCCCGGGAGCUGACCGUCCACUCGGAGACGUCUGGGCAGUCUGUGACUUCCUCUCCGGCCGGACCGUCAUCAUCAGGUAUCAGUGGCUCGGUCCAAUGUCCCCACUGCGACUUCAGAUGUCUUGGACAGCAACAUCUAGAUAGACACGUGAAGAGAUGUCACAAGUGCAUCGAUAGGAACGGCAGAUUCAAGUGCGAGAGGUGUCACUACUCGACCGACGAAUCGGAGAAUAUGAAUCGCCACCGUAAGACCCAUACGGGAGAGCGGCCGCACCGCUGUGAUAUCUGUGACAAGACGUUUGCUCAGCGAUGUCAUCUGACUAUUCACAACCGUAUACACACUGGCCAGAGGCCGUACAAGUGUGACGUCUGUGGGAAAUCAUUCAGGCGGUCCUGUGACCUGUCGAGACAUGUAACUGUACACACCGGUGAGAAGCCCUAUCAGUGUGAAAAACGUGACGCUACAUUUUCCCACCUGUCAAGUUGUGAGUCUCAUAUGAAGGUUCAAAAAAGUGUAAAGGAAUACGGAUGUCAUGAGUGCCCGCCACGAUUCACUCGACCAUCAAACCUUCAAGACCACGUAAAGACCCACACGGGGGAACGGCCGUUCGGCUGCUCCACCUGCCCGGAACGAUUCACUGAACGGUCCGCCCUCAAAAUACAUAUGCAAACCCACGCGGGGCAGCGGCUAUUCGGGUGCCCGCUCUGCACGGCACGGUUCACUUUCCGCUGCAACCUUACCAGACACAUGCGAACUCACACUGGGGAGCGGCCGUACAGCUGCUCUCUCUGUACGGCUCGGUUUAUUCAACAGUCGCACCUCGACAUCCACAUGCAGACCCACUCUGGGGAGCGGCUGCACAGCUGCUCUCUCUGUACGGCACGGUUCGUUCAACGGUCACACAUCAUCAGGCAUAUGCGUACCCACACGGGGGAGCGGCCACAUUGCUGCUCCAUCUGCUCGGCACGGUUCACUCAACUGUCACAUCUCACCGCACAUAUGCGGACCCACACUGGGGAGCGGCCGUUCGGUUGUCCCAACUGCACUGCACGGUUCACUCAACGGUCACACCUCACCACACACAUUCGGACCCACACUAAGGAGCGGCCGUACGGCUGCUCCCUUUGCACGGCACGGUUUACUCGAGGGUCACACCUCAACAUACACAUGCGUACGCACACUGGGGAGCGGCCGUACGGCUGCUCCAUCUGCCAAGCACGGUUCGCUGACCGAUCAACUCUCAUCAGUCACCUGGGUAAUCAUACGGAGGAGCUGCGCAGUAAUGCUGAAUAGCAGACCGUCUCCUUUCGGCUCACCUCGUACAUGUUAACGCACAGGGGUAGUUGGCCAUGUCGCUGUUCUUUCUUCCGAUGCAUGGUACGGAACUGUGAAGGUUGUUACUUGUUGCGGCUCGAUAGUACACAUGCAGAGCUAUGGAUGUGUGCAGCGUGAUAAGUUCUUGUUUUCUCUGUCGAUUCGACUAGCCUCGUUUUUAUGUCGAACAAGUUUAUAGCUGACCGCUGUUUUAUGUUUGUCUUUAGGAUGAUCAAUGUCAUAGGUAUGGUGCUCAUUUGCGCAACAUCGAUAGUUGCUUGUUUGUGCAGAAGAUUUGAACGCAUCUUCAAAUCAACUAUGUAUAUAUUGCUACUGCCCGUGUUGGGUGGUUUGUUUUCGAUCAAUUUUCUGUUUUAAUAUGAAUUAUGGGCGUAGAUAUUCAACUUUCAACAUUGCAGUAUUCAAUAAUAGAAAUGCGGAAACGUG